CCUAUUUCACCCCCCUCCUCCGCCUCCGCGCCACUCCAACCCAAUCCCAGCCAUCAAUACCUGCCUCCGCUUCGCCAUCUCUCCCGAAGCCUCCUCUCUCUCUCUCUCUCCCCCCGAUUCCACCACACGCAAUCCAAUUCCAACCUCGUGUGCUUCCACUUGUGCGUUUCGCCCGCUGCUGUGAACGUACUGCGAGAUGGCAGCGGCGGCGGCGGCGGCGGAGGCGAAGCACCGGAAGGAGGAGGAGGAGGACGAGGAGGAGAUGACGCUGGAGGACGGCGACAUCGAGGAGAGCCCGCGCCGCAGCUUCGACGACGACUACGAGGACGGCGGGAGCGGCGACGACGACCGGGAUGACGACGGCGAAGGUUUGGGAUCGCCUCGCUCGUUCCAGUCCCGCCAGUGGCCGCAGAGCUACCGAGAAACAACUGACACCUAUACAAUUGCUGCAUCUCCGAGCUUUGGUUACUUGGGUCCCUCUACAAGCAAAUACUCGAUCCUUGAUGGUGGUCGUAGUAGUCUGGGAUCCGACCUGAAGUUGCCCUUGUUGUCUGAUAAGCUAGAUGGGAAGCAAGACUCUGUCAAGAGCUUGAGAAAGACUCUUGGUUCAGCAAUAGAUAGGAAAAGCUCGUUACUUACGCAACAUACUGGAGAAGUCUACAUCGCUCAAGGAUGCAGUGUGACACAGACGGUGUUCAAUGGGGUUAAUGUACUUGCUGGUGUUGGACUUCUUUCCACUCCAUUUACAAUUCAUGAAGCUGGAUGGGUAGGCCUUGCGGUCCUAGCUAUGUUUGCUAUUGUUUGCUGUUAUACUGGAGUUCUGAUGAAACACUGUUUUGAGAGCAAAGAUGGUAUUUCUACAUAUCCAGACAUUGGCGAGGCUGCUUUUGGAAGGAUUGGUCGUCUGCUGAUCUCUAUUAUACUCUAUACUGAGCUAUAUUCAUAUUGUGUGGAAUUCAUUAUUUUGGAAGGAGAUAAUAUGACAUCAAUUUUCUCUCAUAUUGGUUUUGAUUGGCUUGGCGUCCAUAUUGAUGGGAAACAUUUCUUUGGAGUGUUGACUGCUCUAAUAGUCUUGCCUACAGUAUGGUUGAGAGAUCUUCGGGUUCUCUCCUACCUUUCUGCGGGUGGUGUUAUUGCAACUCUUCUUGUUUUCCUCUCUGUCGUUUUAGUUGGCGCUACUGAUGGCGUAGGGUUUCAUUUGACUGGGAAAGCAGUAAACUUAGGUGGUAUACCGUUUGCUAUUGGCAUUUAUGGUUUCUGCUACUCUGGGCACUCAGUGUUUCCAAAUAUUUACCAAUCAAUGUCAGACCGCACGAAAUUCACUAAGGCACUGUUUAUAUGCUUUGCAAUUUGCACAGCAAUAUAUGGCUCGUUUGCUAUCAUUGGCUAUCUCAUGUUCGGAGAUAAAACUCUCUCGCAAAUAACUCUGAAUCUUCCUAAACAUUCAUUUGCCUCCAAGGUCGCACUGUGGACCACGGUUAUCAACCCUUUCACCAAAUAUGCCCUGUUGUUAAACCCAUUGGCUCGGAGUUUAGAGGAGUUGCGCCCUGAAGGAUUUUUGAACGAAACAAUCUGCUCUAUUAUACUGAGGACUGCCCUUGUUGCAUCAACCGUGUGCAUUGCGUUUCUUAUGCCAUUUUUCGGUCUCGUGAUGGCUCUUAUUGGAUCUCUGUUGAGUAUACUUGUGGCCGUCAUAAUGCCUGCACUGUGCUUCUUGAAGAUUAGGCAAAAUAAAGCAACGACUGCCCAGGUCGUUGCAAGUAUUGGUAUAAUAAUAUUGGGCACCAUAAGCGCUGCUCUUGGAACAUAUUCGUCGGUACUCAGAAUUGUGGAGAACUACUAAUUACGAAACCUAGCUCGCGUGCAGUGCAGUUCCCAGCAGGUGAGGCCACAGGCAUGUCAUAUCUAUUACUCACCCCGCUUACGGUUACGGCGCUCAAAAAUGGUCAAAUAUCGUGUGUUUAUCAGAAUUUUGCUAGAAUUACCGAGUUCACUGUAAUUAUUCGACCCAACCAUGUAAUGCAUGUACCUGCAUAGCUGCUUGCUUCUCAGUUCCUUGAAGUGGAAUAUCUUCAUCACUUGCUUAUACCGUGUUUCUGUCAAUCACUGUUGUUAGGUCUAUCCAGCAUGUUACUUAAACCGCCUUUAGCAAUUAUAUGUACUCAAUUAAUUAUAGAUCGAGAUUGCUGGAUAUUGAGUGUUGCAACUUGCAACCCUUGUUUCCAAGGCA